AUGACUGAAAACUGCAAGGAUAAGUUUAAUAUUUUUUCAGGUAUGUUUUCCUUAAUCUUUAACUCUUUAGAAGAAGGAUCUAGUAAGAGACUUCCUGAUAUAUUUUCUUAUGAAGAAAAGAAGAUCGAAGAAGCGGAGAUAAAAGAGAAUGCUAAAGAGAUUUUAGAAAGUGGGCCAAUAAAAGCAUCAAAAAAAAUGAUCACAGCUUGUCCUCAUGUAGAUAGACGUCACUACGCCAAGAGCAUGUGCAAUAAUUGCUACCAUACAAACGGAAGACCAUACAAAGCUUGGAAUUGUCCUCACAAAGAUCGCCAACUUUACGCUAAAGGAAUGUGCCAAUUUUGUUAUUUACAGAGCUAUCACAGAUCUAGAUCUUGCAAGGGCAUCAAGAUAGAAUGCUCAAAGGUUUAA